AUGACACUAUAUACAUACGUUGUCAACGGUAGUUCACCUCGACUUUCCGGGGAUGCCAUCGCCCUUUCUGGAAUCCAUACACAUGUGAGCCCGGGCAAUAAUGGCUCGCACAAUUCUCUUAAUCCAGUACGCGGGGGUGGUGAUGGGAUCUCAAGCCAGAAUGCAGUGACCCUUAGCAAAGCACAGAGCUAUCUGAUUAUGAGCUCGAUAUGGGAAAUUUUGUUGGCUGUUGUACCAAUUGCUUUUAUUGCAAUCGCCCUCCUGGCAACUUCAUUGGACGGGGAUGAGAGGGGUAAACGAGGCGAACGAAUACGCUUAGCCACGACUUUGAUUCCCACCAUGUUCCCGAUCGUAUUCGCGGCACUGGUGGGCUAUUUCUUCCGAAUAUAUGGCACCUAUAGGGCGGAGAGAGGAAUCCGACUGGGGACGUUAGAGCAGCUGAUCGGAAGCCACUCCUUCUUUUCCUCCUUCGAGAGGCAGAUGUUACUACGGGAUUUUGGGUACGUUGGAUUAAUGAUUAUGGCUAUCUGGGCGCUAUCCCCUAUCGGAGGUCAGGCUGGGCUACGGCUUCUGAGCACUACGUUGAAAGAGGCUCAGUACAAUUCUACAAACUGGUACUUAUCUCCUACAUCGAUCCUGGAUUCCGACUUGGUAGGCGCCAGCGCCAUGAACCGUGCUGGAGAUUUGAUCACAUCUAUUUACACGUCGUCGUUGAUGAGCUUUGAAACUACAGCAUCCGCUGGCAUGGAUAAUUGGGGGAAUGUCAAAAUUCCUGACAUAAGUUCGUUGAAGACUGGCAAGAGCCCUGACGACUGGCGGAUGGUAGACUGGAAUUCCACUGUUAAGUUCACCUCACUUCUUGGUCUUCCAGUUGGAAAGCCCUUGUCGGAAGGUAACACGACAUUCACCGUGACAUCACAUUACUUUGACGUCCAAUGCGCCAACAAUAUUCUUGCGAAAAAAGAAGACCUCGCUGCUUUGUCGUAUAAUGUGGUCAACGCUAGCAGCGGACCGGGCCACUCCAUGAUAUUAUAUCUUGCAAACCAACUUCCAGAUAUGACGGAUGAGGUGGGCGGCGACCCAUCUUCCCGCCCCAAGUUCAUGUUCGGGUCAAGAACCAAAAUUGGCAAUAAUCAUACAUGGGGUCUCUCGAACUGCACCCUAGGAAACCUGGCCGUCGAUUCACGAAUCGAAUGCAAGGCAAAGUCAUGCCAGGUAAUAGCAAUGCGUCCUUCAACACGAGUCAACGUCAACAUAGAUUUAACCCUAUACAUAAACAACACCUUUUACAUCUUGCCCACUGCCACAGACCGCGAGCGCUCGACAAACUACCUCUACUCCGCCACCCUUACCGAGCGCUGGAUGAAUGACUCCUCCCUUAUCUUCCAGGGCGGUAGAAUCGACAUGGAUCUCUGGAAGCUUGAGCCUCAGGUCCUCUCCGAACGACUAGAGAUAGCCUUUAACACCUUCUGGCAAGCCAGCUUCGCGAAGAUGUAUCGUGGGACAUAUCUCCCGACAGACGCGGCCGUGUACGAAAGCCUAAGUAACUGCAGCAAAUUGACGCCCCCAAUGUACUGUUUUGUGCCCACGGAAGCCAGGGGUGUCAAGUACGUUGGCGAGGUGUACAGAUACAGCCGUGCCUGGUUUGCGGUGUUCCUCGUGAUAUCUAUCGUGCUGCAGAUCCUCGCGCUGGCCAGUUUUGCUCUGAAGCGCAUCAUACUCGCGCCAGAUAUCCUGGGCUAUGUCUCAUCGUAUACUCGAGAUAACCCGUACGCCCCAGUAUCUGCGGCGUCUGCUCAGGAUGGCUUAGCGCGGGCACGUCUGCUGAAGGAUGUUCGGGUGAUGCUGGGUGACGUGCGGGUUGCGGAGCAAGUUGGGCAUAUUUCAUUUGUGACGGAAGGGGAUACAUCCGUUGGGAGGUUGAAAAAGGGAAGAUCGUAUAUUUAG